GCUUUGCGGCAACAGACAGAUUUAUACCGUUUUGCCGGUCACUGCUUCGCACCAAGAAGCUCUUGUACCUGCCACCUAAACCGUUCCAACUCCUUCUCUUCCCCUUUCACCCUCAGACACACGCUCCAGAAACAUCAUCAAGCACACGGUCAGAAGUCAUUGGAUCCAUUGCUACAACGCUGCAACAGUAAUCGCAAGGUCAGUGAAUACUGGUAGCAAGCAACGAGACAUCUCAACGAUACAGGCGCUGACGCGGUCUGCUUGCCACUUGCAGUUCGACCACCAAACCGCACACCACCACCACCAACGAGCAUCAGCAUGUUCUACUCCACCCUCCUCCUCGCAGCCACGGCUCUCACCGGCCUGGUAAGCGCACAAAACUACUCCACCUCCGGCCCUCUUUACGUCGUACCGAGCAGCGUCGACUACAACCUCCGUCUCUCAUGGUGCCGCGCGCAAACGAACUCUUGCCCACAGAUUUGCGGUGGCCAGGCGAACCCGAACACAUGUGAUGCUAACUCCCUGAAUUACACCUGCACCUGCUCUAACGGUGCCCAACCCAACAUCUCCGCCUACGACCAGACCAUUCCCUCCUUCGUCUGCGGUGCAUGGAGAGGUGACUGUGUUGCUGCUCAUCCCAUGGAUUUGCCCGGCCAGACCGCCUGCUUGUCCGUGGUCUGCGGCAACCGCAACGCCUCGUCCGGCCUGUCCGCUAGCUCAUCCAUGUCAUCCUCCGCGGUGGCUUCUAGCAGUGCCUCCGCUUCCGGCUCUGCCGCUGCUGCUCCUGCUUCGGGCUCCGCAUCCGCCACUGGCAGUGCGACCCGCAGCACCAGCUCCGCCGCCGCUACUGGCUCAUCAGCGGGCUCAUCUUCUGCAGCUGCCGCUUCGGCUACGCCUUCCGGUGCUGCGGUCGCUAUGAGCGUGGCGAAGAACUACGGCACGGGUAUCCUUGCCGCUGGUCUGUUUGCCUUCUUCGGCAUGGCCCUGUAAAUGCUCACCCACAUUGGAGAGGAGGAGGACUGAAAGGAGAGCGACAUGAAACCGCUCGUGAAUAGAGCAAAGGCGCUCGGCCUCAUUG